CUGCUGACGUAAGGAUGAACUUUAAGCGCAGAGUUGCUGAAAUCAUGUCGUCUCACUGCCAAAGGAUGGUGAGGGAAGAGCGGGACUGCCAGAUGAGAGAUAAUGACAGGGCACGACGAUCGCGAAGUGCAGUCGUCUUCACCGCUGCCGACGUGUACAUCCCUCCCGGUUACCCCCGGCAGUCCGCUACCAGUGAUGGCAUCCUGCUCGCCUUCUUCAUCAUCCGUCCAGACUCUGCCGACGACUUCGUGCCUUUCCCAGUCGACUCCAUCAUGCUGGCUGUUCGGCUAAACCAGCCACAGCUGCAGCAAUCUCUGGGCAACAAACACAUCAUCCUCAUGAAGACUUAUGAACAGUAUCUCCAUGGCGCCACUGUUCCACCCAAUACAAGAACAACACCUAGCGAAGGCAAGCCACCGGGGAAUCCACAGGACUCUGAGAUCCUUCAAGUUUCCGUCAGCACAGCUACAGCUGCCCUAGCCGUCAUCGCUCUGUUUGUUUCAGUCAUCGUUUGUGUGAAGAAGAACAAUGGCAAACUAUACCGUGUUGAAGAAGCGCCUCCUUCCAGUCGAGCCCCGGAACUGCCGUAUAUGUAUGACGAAUCCGUGAAGCGCUUGAAGGCCACUAAGGACGCCUGGGGAGUUGAUAAUCCAAUCAUCAUCAAGUCAUAGCUGUGUUGUCUGCUAAAAGUGUAGUGUGCUCGGUGCGUGUGUAUAUAUGAUACAUUUCUGAUUUUUUGUGUUCUUUAAAAAUGCAUAAGAACGCUUAAGGCAUAAACCUUGAAAUUUUCCAGUGUGUUUGUGUUAAACCUCUUACCUAAGUAUGAUUUAAAGCCACAUUUUAUAUACUAUCUCUCCACAUUGUCGUUGACUUAUUUGGUGUACAGUUUGGUCGUCGAGUGUAAGAAAUUAUUUCGCAUCAAUAUCGAUUUUAAAGAGAUUUCGUUUUGUUUAUUUUGGAUAAAAACUUAAGAACUAAGUAAUUGUGCGUCCAAAUGGAUGGUACACCAACGAAUUAGGUAUUCAAGGACAGCCUAAGAGGGUGAUAGUGAAUAGUGUAUAAUCGGUUGUGUUGAAAAAGAUUUUGUAGUAUGUGUACAUACUGCUUCAUAUAUUGUCCUUUUGUCACCACAUUUUGAUUCAAAUUAGCGCAGCCUUUUUUUAAUUAGGUUUUAUUGUGCUAUUGUGCGGUGCCAAGAACGGAAGGCGUUGCUUGUAACAUGGGAUAUUUGUAUCAUCCAUUUAUUAAGAGCUGUUAUAGUUAUACUGUUGGUAUCGCCAAUUGUCAGUAAACAUAUCGUGAAUAUGUCUACCGCUUCAGCGAUAUACAUGGCGAUAAGACUCAGCACCUGAAGCAGUUUAUCACUGCAACCUAGAGAUGUCUAUAUCCUGGGUCUGAUAUUGAUGUUUCAAAUGUAUGUAUACAUAAUAUAUACCCUGUAAUAUUUUCCUGCGUGUAGUGUUUGUUCCUGUGCAUUCCUAAUGUGAAAAAAAAUUAACUACCAAUAGUUCAGUAAAAAUUUCAGUUACAUAAAUAAACUAUGUGACCGAA